CGACGUCUGACGUUUCACAGCAGAACCCAGGAAGUGUGCGGCUAGCUGUUUUCGCGAAACAGCACUUUGUUUUCGUCCCGAUUGAAUUGUGAGCCGUCUUCUUUUUUUUACACUAACGUUUCACGGGGCCGAAAUGGCGACGUUUAUCUCCGUGCCGUUGAAGAAGUCUUCUGAAGUUGACCUGGUCAAACCGCUGUCGAAAUUCGUCACGAUGAAUUACCCAGCUGGCGAGGAACAAACGGAGUACAUUCGGGCUUUGGAGGAGUUGAACAAGCUCCGCAAGAACGCACUCGGGAGGCCGCUCGACAAACACGACAGCUCCCUGGAGAUCCUGCUGAGGUACUUCGACCAGCUGUCUGCUGUAGAACCCAAGUUCCCCUUCUCUGAAAACCAGCUCUGCUUAACGUUCACAUGGAAAGAUGCCUUCGAUAGAGGCUCUCUGUUUGGAGGAUCUGUCAAGCUUGCCCUCGCCAGUCUGGGCUACGAGAAAACCUGUGUGUUGUUCAAUGCUGCUGCGCUCGCCAGUCAGAUCGCAUCCGAACAGAACCUAGACAGUGACGAAGGCCUGAGGGCUGCUGCUAAAUACUACCAGCUGGCCAGCGGGGCGCUCCUCCACAUCAAGGACACAGUGCUGUCGGCGCUCAACAGGGAGCCCACCAUGGACAUCUCCCCGGAGACCGUUGGGGCCUUGCACCACAUCAUGCUGGCCCAGGCCCAAGAGGUCUUCUUCCUCAAAGCCACCUCUGAUAAAAUGAAAGACGCCAUCAUUGCAAAACUGGCCAAUCAGGCGGCUGAUUUCUACGGCGACGCCUUCAAACAAUGCCAGUACAAGGAGAACCUUCCGAAGUAUUUUUACUUUCAGGAAGUGUUGCCGGUGCUGGCAGCCAAGCACUGCAUCAUGCAGGCCAACGCAGAGCUGCACCAGAGCAUCCUGGCCAAGCAGAACAAGCACUUUGGGGAGGAGAUCGCUCGUCUGCAGCACGCCGCGGAGCUGGUGAAGACGGUGGCGUCGCGCUACGACGAGUACGUCAGCGUCAAGGACCUGAGCGACAAGAUCAACCGGGCACUGGCCAACGCCAAGAAGGACAACGACUUCAUCUACCACGACCGCGUGCCCGAGGUCAAGGACCUUGCCAACAUCGGCAAGGCCGCGCUGGCCAAGGCCACCGCCAUCUCACCCCCCCUCAGCCAGAAGUUCACCGACCUGUUUGAGAAGAUGGUCCCGAUGGCCGUGCAGCAGGCCAUGGGCGUGUACAACCAGAGGAAGGCUGAGACCGUCAACAGGCUAGUGGGCACCAUGCGGGAGGCCACCAACCUCUGCAAUGGCGUGUUGGCCUCCCUCAACCUGCCUGCCGCCCUGGAGGACCUGUCAGGGGACACUAUCCCACAAUCCAUCGCAGAGAAGUCCAGGGCUGUGGUGAGCAAGGGGGGUCUGCAGAGCAUCGAGCAGCUGAUCCGAGACCUGCCCGACCUCAUGACCCGCAACAGAGAGAUCCUGGAUGAGUCUCUCAAGAUGCUGGAUGAUGAGGAGACGACAGACAACGAGCUGAGGUCAAAGUUCAACCAACGCUGGAACAGAACUCCUUCUGGAGACCUUUACAAGCCCCUCCGUACAGAGGGCGCUAACUUCCGCAGCAAGCUGGACGUGGCCACGCACGCGGACGGGGUGGUGCGGGAGCGCUUCAACACCAACUGUGACAUGAUCACACUGCUCUGCAAGUCGGAGGGCGAGCUCAACGCCGCCAUCCCCUCGGCCAACCCCGCCAAGACCCUGCAGGGCAGCGAGGUGGUGAACGUGCUGCGCUCCCUGCUGACCCAGCUGGACGAGGUGAAGAGGGAGAGGGAGGGCCUGGAGGGGGAGAUCAAGGCGGCCACCUUCGACAUGACCGCCAACUUCCUGGCGGCCAUGGAGCAGGACAGAUCCAUCAACGAGGAGGCGCUGUCCCUGUCCCAGCUGGACCAGCAAUACGGCCAGUACAACCAGAAGGUCCAGGCCACCCUGCGCACGCAGGAGGAGCUGCUGGGGAAAGUGCAGACAGCGCACCAGGAGUUCAGCGGCCUGAAGCAGUCCAACUCAGAGGCCAACAGCCGGGAGGAGGUGCUGAAGAAGCUGGCCUCCGCCCACGACAGCUACGUUGAGAUCACCAACAACCUGAGCGAAGGCACCAAGUUCUACAACAGCCUGACGGAGAUCCUGCUCAAGUUCCAGAACAAGUGCAGUGACAUCGUCUUCGCCCGCAAGACGGAGCGCGACGAGCUGCUCAAGGAGCUGCAGCAGAGCAUCGCGCGAGAGCCCAGCGCGCCCUCCUUCAACGCCCCCGCCUACCAGAGCAACCUGGCCGCCAGCGCCGCCGCCCCGGGCCCCGGGGCGGCCAACCCCACCCCCGCGCCCAGGACCGUCUUUGUGAGUGGCCAGCAGGCCCAGCAGCAGACGCCCCAGCAGCCCCAGCCGACCCAGGCCAAGGUCCAGCAGCCCCCGGCCAGACCCCCUCCUCCCAGCUUCACCCCCCAGGGGCCCACCUUCAACACCGGCCCCGUGCCCCCCGCCGCUGCCGCGCCGCCAGGGGGCAACCCUCCGCCCAUGGCCCCACCCGGCCAGGCCCAGGGCCCGCCCUACCCCUCCUACCAGGGAUACCCGGGGUACUACCAGAUGCCCAUGAACUACAACCCCUACCCCAUGGGCUACAGCAUGCCCUACAUGCCCUACCAGGCCCAGCCAGGACAGCCGGGCUACCCCGGGGCCCCGCCCGCCGGACAGCCCUACCCAGGAUACCCCCAGCAGCCCCCCCAGCAACAGCCCUACUACCCACAGCAAUAACUACCCCCCCCUCCCCCCACUGGCCUCGCCCCACUCCUACGCCUCCCCCUCUACAUCACACUCAGACCUGCUCUGCCCCACCCAAAGUUCCUCUACGCCCCGGUUUCUACUCUGCUCUUCCUGGAGACUAAAUAACCCCAGCAAUAACACCAACCCCCCCCCCCCCCCCCCCCCCCUGUAUAACCUUCCCCUCUCGUCUCCCAGCUCUCCCCCCUUCUCCCUCCGGGUUCGGUUGAAGCUGAUACAUUGAACCGUCUGAAGGAGGCUCCGAGCUGCUCUGCACUCCACCUGUCUCUUUAACAGCCUUUUAAUUCCCUUUGUGUAUUUUUUUGCACUACUUCCCCCACCCCAUCGCUCAGCCCCUCCGCCCCACGCACUAACUUCUCCCUCUCCCUCCUCGCCUUGUACCCUGUUGUUUGUUUUUGUCUUCGUUUUUUCACGGUUUUAUUAUUAUCUCUUUGGUUAAUAGUUUUGUUAAUUAUUUUUGUCUUAAUCAAUUGUUAGGGUGUUUUUCCUGUUUGAUCCUUGAGUGAAAGUACAAGGCCCUGGUCCUGCUGAAGGAAUCCUGGAGCCGUUGUUUCUCCUUUCGUAAUCUAUCUUCCUGUACACCCACGAAUGUGGGUGUACAGGAAGAUAGAUUAUGAUAGGAGAAACGACGGCUCCAGGAUUCCCCGCUCUCUUCUCUUCUGGGCUCUGGACUACUGUGUGGCUUAUAGAACACGCUGCAAAGGAUUGUGGGAUAGUGCUCUUCAGCUUCCGGGACAGGUGGUGGAGGGCUUCUGGUGAAGUCCAGGGUUAGAGAUAGGCGGUUCCACAUCAUCACUCCCCUGUUAUGUUUACCAGCCCGGGAGCGCUUCUCUGUCAACUAUAGGCCUAUUUUUAUAAUAAUGAUACAUGGGCAAUGUAUAAACCAUAGGAGAGGAAAAAAAAUAAAGCGGCCUGCAGGUUUUCUAAUGUUGAUGAGUGUUCUCUCUCUCUCUGUCCAUAUCUGUGUCUCUCUUUCAAUCACCCAGGGAACGUUGGUAUAAUUUGAUGUUCUACAAUCAGAGGCUGUAUAUGGCUGUAGAACAAGUGGGAGAAAUUGUCCUAUGAUAUAAAUAUAUAUAAAUAUAUAUAAAUAUACGACUACGUGGUUAGCAAAUAUUCUCUGUACUACACUCAUGCUUAUGUGUAAUUUUUCCUCUAAGUUCUAAUAUGAUUAAACUAAUCUGCUGCAUA